AUGGAGUCCCUCCGCACUAAUUAUCCGGCCCCUCGCCGUGUCGCGACAGCUCCGAUACCGACGCCAGCUCCAGCCCCACGAUCGACUUCAGCAGGCGGCCUCGUCGAGACACUUUACAAUCAUCCAAAUGUCAAGAUCGUGGCAUUCUCCGCUGCCUCUAGAGGUCGCGCCCGGAGUCCCGGCCGUGGCCCCGCUGACGAGCCUGGCACCUUGUCCGCCUACUCGCAGUUGGAAAGGACAAUCGCCGUAGGUCCCUUUCGGAUAUACCGCACGGGUUCUGUAGCUUUUCUGAAUUGCGGCUCCGCCCUGCAGCCUAUGCUCCCCAAAAGCCAGUGCUGGGCCCUCGAAGAGGAUUCGAGCAAGUUCGUCUUGCAAAUACGUCGGCCGAACUACUGGAGGAUAGAGAUUCCUGUGACAAAUCCCACCGAGCAGGAGCUCGCCGCGGCAUUCAAAGUGGUCUUGGACCAGAUUCUGCAGUUUGAGAAGACCGAAUGCCCCUUCAGAAGAUCGUUCACCAUUCUGCUCCCCGAAAAGCCCAACACACCAGUCAAGAAGCGGCCGUGGACACCUCCCGUGAAACGCGCUCUUCCCGUCCUUUCUACGCCUACUCACGAGAUAUCGCCAACACAACCAAGGGCGCUCACACCCAAAACGCCGAAGAGGAGGGCAUCGACAUCUCUCAGCUUAAGGGGUCGCGCCGAGCAACGCCGCUUUUCCGUCAUUGGAACCGAAUUCCAGUCAAGCUCGGAGUCGAGAGACACCAGCAUUGACACCUCCCCGUCUUUCGACCCUCCACGAGAACAGAGACCCAUCAACGACUUGGCAAUUGCAGAAGAAAAGACAGAGACGGAGGGUCCUACAUCAGAAAGCGCUGUCAACGCUCAGCCAUUACUUGACUCACCUCAGGUGCCGUUCGAUGAGGGCGAGGCUGGCGAUGCCGGCAGCUUUGAGGCAGCCGCCUCUGUGGAUGAAGUGGACGAACCAUGUCAUGUGGACGUCGCCCUGCCGAAGAGAGCGGAGCCGAAGAAUGUCGAGCUCGCGGCUGUUGUCGAGAAACGAUUCGACGAGCCUGUUCAAUCCACUGGAGAGCAAUUAGACAGGAUUCCGGACACGAAAGGGGUAUUUCCGAACGGGAAAGAACAGGAGUCUGAAGAGCAAGGAGAGACAAGUCGACCUACUACAGCAAUUGCAGUCGCUUCUGCCAAGCCUUUACUGUCCAAGGAAAACAUGACGAUUGCUCAGCCACCUAGCAAAAGCAAGCGCUCGUAUGCUCAGCUUGGGGAUAAAAAACCGUCGGCGUGUUUGGGAAACAUGGAGCCUGAGAAGCGUUCAAGCAAACUCAUGAUUCCGGGACGGUCGAGAGCGUUGUCAAGUCCUACUGCACAACCUCAAAUCAAAGAGCAGCUAAUCACUGUCGAGAUGACUCCUCGGACAGUCUCCGCGCUUGAAGUCGGCACGCCUACGCCGACGAAUAUUUACGACGUGAUUCGCAAUUACGAGCAGAAGCUGGCAGCUACUACUUCGACACUGGCGACCGCCGAGGAGACCAAGCUGGUAGGGGACGAGCCUAACGUUGCAUUCGACAGCACCGGUGAUACUGGGCCGGGCCUUGAGUCGACAUCUGGAACCGAUGGAGAGGUGCUGGAAGGCAGCGGCGUUGGUGGCGGCAAACGGAAGAAGCUGCGAAGUUUUAGGAAGGGCCGCGCUCUUGUUCCUCCACAACUGACCCUCGUCACCUCGCCGCCGUCGAAAUCAGCCGCGAGGAAGACACCGAUUUUGGAGGCAGACGACGCCGAAGAGCCGCUAUCGCCCACGGGCUCAGCCGACUCGUUUCAUAGUGUGAAAUCGCGACAUUCGCCUGUGACGCCCGUCCCGCGAUCUCCUGCUUCGGAUGUUUCCCCAACGAGGUUUCCGUACCCUCACGACAACAUUUUAAUCCCUAAGAAGCCAUGGCACUAUCGAGACGUCUCCGAUCUGACUGUCACUCCCGAAACCCGUCGCACCUGGGAUGCGAUCUCAUCAAUUACCGACGACAGUUCGCUGGAAAGUGCGGCAACUGCACCGGACAUGCCAUCGGAGGCGGUGGAACAACCGGGCAAGACUGCUCUGUCCGAGGAUGAAGCAGCUACGACGGCAGCCCCGCGACGCCCGUACAUCCGCCACCGGGCCACUCCUAGUAGCAUUUCGGUCGGACGCAACGGCCUGUCCCCGCUGCCACCCCCGGCCAAUCUUUUUGCGCCUACGACCACCGCCACUAGACGACAGCCGUUUCUCCGCAGUCAAUUGGAGAUCGUCCGCAGAAUCCCUAUGGCCAUUGUGUCAAAGACUUGCGAGAUGCUUCUCGGCCCGCCCAGCCACUUGAUUGCUUUGAUGCUGCAGGUGGCCGCCAAGAUUGCCGCCGGGCAAUGGCGCGGCAUGAUGUUUGGUUACGGCGAGGGCGGGGAGACUAUUCCCGUGCAGUGGGACUACUCGGAUGAUGAGUACAGCAGCUGGGGGGAAGAUGACGACUACUAUCUUAGUCAGGUUGAGUCGUCAUGUGCAAACAGCGUGAUAGGCUCCGAUGACCGUGACGACGAGGCGGCGGACGAUGCUGCGGACGGCAACGGUCGUGGUUGGGAAGUUGACUGA